AUGGUGUGGUCAUCACUCUUGGAAAUGGCAGGAGAUAUUGACAUGAACUACAUUUUUAGUAUCAUAUUCAUUCAUCCAAGAACACUACACCAGGCAAUGCAACUAAAACACACCACCAUCCCUGGGACUGGUCUCUGCCAAAUCCACACUUGGGACCAGCUAUCCUUCCAAAUGUCAUUUGUACAACAGCCACCACCCAUAGAAGUGACCCAGCAAGCAUACUCGACACAUUCGGGUCACGGGUCGGUUGGACCAGUCAUAGCUGUCCUCGCAGUCAUUACUGUUCUUGGCGUAAUUGCAGGUAUGAUAGGUAGGCUCUGUUCGGGUCGUCGGGUCAUGGGUCAUGGCGAGUAUGACGUGGAAACUUGGGUAGAGACCAAAUGCUCCUCUUGCGUAGAUGGCAGAAUCGCUGUUCCUCCUCCACCUCCCCCGCCGGAACCUGUCGUUGUCGAGGAUGCACCUCCGGUCGAAGUCCAUCAAGAGAUGAAAGAACAACAACAACAUUCAAGGCAAAACUCACAUGCGCAAAGUGAUAGUUAA